AUGUCUCGUGAAACUCAGCAAUUCCACCGCAAACUCAUUGCCAAAGACCAUACACUUCCAUGCGUCCGCUACCGGUCCAUGAACCAGAUUCUUCCCAACCUCUUUCUCGGCGAUUGCAAGGCCAUCCUCGACCCCGUGUCCAUCGUGAAUAACAAUGUCAGCCACGUGCUAUCCCUAAGGCUCACACCUACACACAUCCGCUCGUUGGUGGGUGUAACUCAUUGCCAGAUCUAUAUCGAUGACUCCGAAGAUCAAUGGCUACUUGAUGGCCUGAACGCCGCGAUGGAGUUCCUUGAAGAUGCGAUGGAUAUGGGCGGAACCGUUUUAGUACACUGCCAGGAGGGGAGAAGCAGAAGUGCUUCUGUCGUUAUAGCUUUUGUGAUGAAGCAUUUUCAGGUAUCAUAUGAAGAGGCAUGGUCAUACGUUCGGAAACAGCGACCGGUUGCGAGCCCAAACCCAGGGUUUGUGGAACAGCUAAAAAUCUGGGAAUACCGAGGCUACUGGUAG